CUAUAUGUGUGGUGUAUGUAUGGGGUACUUGAGAUGUUGGGGCCACUGGAGUGAUUGGGAUCUCUGUAGCGCGAUGAGCGGUGUGUGGAUACACAAAGAGACCGGCAGAAGAAUUUUUGUACAACCGAAUGAUGAUAAAAACCGCAAAAUGACCAAUAUAUUGGGUGGUGGACUCUAUCGAGCGGAUGCCGUGUAAUCGUCGGAUUAUUAGGUGAUGAAGAUUAGAUGAUCUCCUCAAGUGGCACAUCUCUUGCCGUAUAAAUACGGUUUGGUGUGUGAUCAUCCCCUCAGUGCUUCAGUGGGACUCUCAAGUGGAACAAUGAAGCCCAUUUUUGUGGUUUUACUCCUCGUUGCGGCCGUUUCGGCUGUUACCAGCCCCCAAAAGGAUUUCUCAAGCAGACUUACUGGUGGUCAGAGCGCCAUUCCCUAUGCUCACCCCUUCAUGAUUGCCGUGGAAUUGGUACUUACACCAGCACACAGGCAACAAUUCUGCGGUGGUACCCUCAUCCAGGUUCACUGGGUCAUCUCGGCUGCAUCGUGCUUCGAUGAAUUGCCCAUCAUUGGUCGCGUGGAAGUCUCCUCGGGACUCUACCAGCUGGAUGAUCGUACCUAUGCUCAGGAUCGUGAAGUGGGAUCCAUUGUGAGGCAUCAGGACUACCGUGGUGGUGUCAGUGCCAAUGAUAUUGCCUUGCUGCACGUGGAGACAGCCUUCACAAUUGAUCAGUACACCCAACCAAUUCGUCUACCACAACCCAAUACCGUUCACACUGGCUACGUGACACUCUUCGGAUGGGGAGACACCUCCACCACAGAUGAGCCAAACUUCCCCAACAAUCUCCAGGCUGUUGUGACGCCCAUUCUCAGCUACGUUGAUUGCUACCAGCACCUCCAGGGUAGGACACCACUUGAGGUGAGCAACAUGUGCACUGGACCCCUCCUCGGUGGUAUCUCCCACUGCACUGGUGACGGUGGUGGCCCACUCACGCAGCAGAAUGAAGUUGGAGAGUACGAACUUGUUGGCAUCAGCAGCUGGGGCUUCCGUCCAUGCGGUGCCUUUGGUGCUCCUUCCGUCUACACUCGUGUCUCUGCCUUCAGUGCCUGGAUUGUCAAUGUGAUCACAUAAGAUCACUCUGGCAUGACGCCCCUUUCAUCGAUCAAUCAUACUUUGUAAAUUGAGUAUAAAACAACAACAAAAUUAUUGAAUAAUGUGAGAGAAAUAAAAUAAAAACACAGUUUUAUUUAAGUUUUAGUAUAAUCCGAAGCAGUAA